GUGCUCACGGCGCCGUGUUUACAGCGAACACGGCAGACUGCAGACUGACCGAAGGAGACUGUGUAUGUACCUGUGCAUUAAUCUGUCUAACUGCGCUGCCCCUUCAGCUAUCUAUCGACGGAGGGCAUUAGAUAACCAAAGGACUUGACCUAACCUGGACCAUAAAGGCCAAUUAUUGCAUUUUCCGUGGGUAUGAAGGUGAAUUACAGCUACCACAACAACGCGGUGUGUGUGUGCAUGAUGAGCGGCUGAGGAGGAGGAGGAGAAGAAGGAGGCUGCGGUCUGAAACCAGAUUUUAUCCUGGAUAUUUCGAAACAAACGUCGUGUCGUUCGCAUAACGGGGCAGUGUGUCGGUGUAAUAUGUUAUCGUGGGCCCUACACCGUCUGUCACCAUCCCCAUUUUGAAGGAGGUUUGACCCGUUUUCUGCCUCCUGAGGAUCCUCCAGCAGCGGGACGUUGAAGGUUUUUUCCUCCAGAUAUGGAGUGUGAAGAUGUGGAUUACAGAGGAUUCCCCGCCGCUCGUUUAGCCGCAAUGCUUUCGUUAUAUUCUUCAAUGCGGUGUGGCGUUUGGCACUAAUAAAGAGAACUAUGAAUACAAAUUCUCUGGCCGGGGGAAUAAAUCGGUGAUUUUGGAGCACGGUUGGACUCUCAUUAGGAAACGUGAGAGAGCUAUCCUGCUAGCCUGUUUGUAGUAGCUAUUAGCUCCAUUAGCCGGCUAACAGCUAAAAGGAGGCUGGCUGGAGUUAAAAGGCGUUUUAAUAAUUCUAACCAGGUUUUGCCCACGUUUCCUCACCCCAACAUAUUUAUUUACAGGAUUUGAGGGGGAUUUACUUCUCCAGGAAUGAGGUCUCGAAUGGAAAGGAGCCGCUUGACCUUGUUUUGGGGUCUGAUGCUGGGUCUGUCGUCCUGCCUCCGGCCCGCCACCGCAGAGAUUUGUGGUCCCAGCAUAGACAUUGGCAACGACAUCAGUGAAUUCAGGCGUCUGGAGAACUGCACAGUGGUGGAGGGCUACUUACAGAUCCUCCUAAUCGGUGACAAAAACAACAACAACAUCAACCAGGAAGUCUUCCGCUCCCUCAGCUUCCCCAAGUUGACAAUGAUCACUGACUACCUGCUGCUAUUCCGGGUGUCCGGCCUGGACAGUCUGAGCACGCUCUUUCCCAACCUCACAGUCAUCCGCGGUCGUAACCUCUUCUACAACUACGCCCUGGUGAUCUUUGAGAUGACCAGCCUGAAGGACAUCGGUCUGUACAACCUGAGGAACAUCACCCGUGGUGCCAUUCGUAUUGAGAAGAACCCGGAGCUCUGCUACCUAGACUCCAUAGAUUGGUCCCUUAUCAUGGACGCAGAGUUCAACAAUUACAUCGCUGGGAACAAGCAGUCUAAGGAGUGCAGUGAUGUGUGUCCAGGCAUCAUGGAGAACAACCCUCGGUGCAGAAAGACCAUGUUCAACAACAACUACAACUACCGCUGCUGGAAUUCCAAUUAUUGCCAGAAAGAGUGCGCACAGAAGUGUGGACGGCGAGCGUGCACAGGGAACGGUGAGUGCUGCCACCCUCAGUGUCUGGGCAGCUGCACAGUCCCUGGGAGUGACACAGCAUGUGCAGCAUGUGUGCAUUACUACCACCAAGGGCGCUGCGUUGCUGACUGCCCUCAAGGCACCUACAAAUUCGAGGGCUGGCGCUGCAUCAGUGCCGAGCUUUGCUCCAAGGUCCACCUGCCCGACUUAGACAGCUUCAUUAUCCAUGGAGGAGAGUGCAUGCAAGAAUGCCCAUCAGGAUAUAUGCGCACAGCACCCAACAGUAUGUUCUGUACAGCCUGUGAUGGUCUGUGUGAUAAAGUUUGCGAGGAGAAGUCGAACAUCGAAUCCAUGGAUGCUGCUCAGUCCCUCAAAGGCUGCACUGUUAUCAAAGGCAACUUGCAUAUCAACAUCCGCAGAGGCCACAACAUGGUGGCAGAGCUGGAGAGUUUCACGGGUUUGAUCCAGAGGGUGACGGGUUACGUGCGGAUCACACAUUCACACACUCUGAGCUCCCUGGCCUUCCUCCGCAGCCUCAGAUACAUCGAUGGAGAAAACCUUUACGACGACAUGUAUGCCUUCUCAGCCUUCGACAACCAGCAGCUCCAGUAUCUUUGGGACUGGAAGCAGCACAACCUCACCAUCAAAGCAGGAAAGCUGUUUUUUAGAGCCAACCCCAAACUCUGUAUGUCCGAGAUCCGCAACAUGUGGGAGAAGACGGGCAUCCAAGGCCGCUUUGAUGAGAGUGUUUUCCGAAACAACGGCGACAGAGCCAGCUGUGAAAGCACCAUCCUGAAGUUUAGGUCCAACAGCACUAGCAGCACAAGGAUCAAGCUGACAUGGCAGCGCUACCGACCCCCAGACUACAGAGACCUCAUCAGCUUUAUCGUCUAUUACAAAGAGGCGCCUUACCAGAACAUCACAGAGUUCGAGGGACAGGAUGGCUGUGGUUCCAACAGCUGGAAUAUGGUGGAUGUGGAGCUGAGGCCGGACAAAGACUCGGAUCCUGGAGUUCUGCUCUCCAACCUGAAGCCGUGGACGCAGUACGCUAUCUUUGUUAAAGCUAUCACACUCAUGGUGGAGGACAAACAUAUGCCAGGUGCCAAGAGCAAGGUGGUCUACAUCCGCACCAGCCCCUCAGCGCCCUCCAUGCCUCAGGAUGUGCGAGCCUACUCAAACUCAUCCACACAGCUGGUGGUACGCUGGUCGCCCCCUAUCUCGCCGAAUGGGAACCAGACUUACUACUUAGUAAGAUGGCAGCAACAAGCGGAAGACCGGGAGCUGUAUCAGCACAAUUAUUGCUCUAAAGAGCUGAAGAUCCCAAUAAGGAUUGCUGCCAUAGGGGUGGGAGACCAAGAAGAGGACACCAAGCCCACUAAACCAGACCCUGAUGGACCAGAUAAAGGCCCCUGUUGCCCCUGCCCCAAAUCAGUGGAGGACCUAGAGGCCGAGGCUGCUGACGCUUCUUACCGAAAAGUCUUUGAAAACUUCCUGCACAACUCCAUUUUUACACCGAGGCCACCAGAUCGUCGCCGCAGAGAUCUUUUUGGAGUCGCCAACUCCACUCACUCCCGCCGCAGCCGACUGCAUGCUAACAGCAGCACUGUCCCUCCUCCUCAUGCUGCUGGCAACAGCAGCGCUGCUGACCUGGAGCCAGCUGACCGAGAGUUUGAGUUCAUGGAGCAAUCAGUGACUGAGCGUGAGCUGCAGAUCUCCGGCCUGCAGCCUUUUACAGUUUACCGCAUUGACAUUCAUGCGUGCAAUCGACAGGUCCAGCGCUGCAGCGCAGCAGAGUUCGUCUUCUCCAGAACCAAGCCUGCAGAAAAGGCUGACGACAUCCCAGGAUCAGUGUCCUGGGAGGGCCACGAGGACUGGGUGUUUCUGCGCUGGCCAGAGCCGCCUCACCCCAACGGACUCAUCCUCAUGUAUGAGAUCAAGUUUAAACUGGCCACUGAGACGGAGAAGCACGAGUGUGUAUCUGGUCAAACGUAUCAGACCCAGCGUGGCGUUCGGUUGUCCAACCUCAGUCCAGGAAACUACUCGGUCAGAGUGAGAGCCACGUCGCUGGCUGGAAACGGCUCAUGGACACACUCUCUGGACCUCUAUGUGGCUGAACGAUAUGAAAAUGUCCUCUACGCUAUGAUCAUGGUUCCAAUCGCCAUCGUAAUCUUCAUCUGCAUUCUGGCGGCAAUGUUGAUUGUCUUCAACAAGAAAAGGAACAGUGACCGGCUUGGAAAUGGAGUCCUGUACGCCUCGGUCAACCCCGAGUACUUCAGCGCAGCAGAGAUGUAUGUCCCAGAUGAGUGGGAGGUGGCACGGGAGAAGAUCUCCCUGAGCCGUGAGCUCGGCCAAGGGUCUUUUGGGAUGGUGUAUGAAGGUGUGGCCAAGGGUGUGGUCAAAGAUGAACCAGAGACUCGUGUCGCCAUCAAGACUGUCAACGAGUCAGCCAGCAUGAGGGAGAGAAUCGAGUUUCUCAAUGAAGCAUCCGUCAUGAAGGAGUUCAACUGUCACCAUGUGGUUCGUCUCCUUGGAGUGGUCUCCCAGGGCCAGCCCACCCUGGUCAUCAUGGAGCUGAUGACGCGGGGAGACUUGAAGAGUUACUUGCGCUCUUUGCGACCUAAAGAGCAGUGGUCGAGUCUGUCUCUCCCUCCCCUGAAGAAGAUGCUUCAGAUGGCAGGGCAGAUUGCUGAUGGCAUGGCUUACCUCAACGCCAACAAGUUUGUCCACCGCGAUCUGGCAGCCAGGAACUGCAUGGUGGCCGAGGACUUUACUGUUAAGAUAGGAGAUUUUGGUAUGACCAGAGACAUCUAUGAGACAGAUUACUACCGCAAAGGGGGUAAAGGUUUGCUUCCUGUUCGCUGGAUGUCCCCUGAGUCCCUGAAGGACGGAGUCUUCACCACCAACUCAGAUGUCUGGUCAUUUGGGGUUGUGUUGUGGGAGAUUGCCACUCUGGCAGAACAGCCUUACCAAGGUCUGUCCAACGAGCAAGUCCUCCGCUUUGUCAUGGAGGGAGGACUGCUGGAGAAACCACAGAACUGCCCUGACAUGCUGUUCGAGCUGAUGCGAAUGUGUUGGCAGUACAAUCCUAAGAUGCGUCCAUCCUUUGUGGAGAUCAUCAGCAGUGUAAAGGAUGAGCUGGAACCGUCUUUCAGAGAGGUUAGUUUCUUCUACAGCGCCGAUAACAAGCCGGCCGAGGCUCCACAGCUCCACCUGGACAAGCUGGACAACAUGGAUGAUGUUCCUCUGGACCCUCCUUCUUCCACACAGCCACAGCAAACCCCAGCCCCCCAACAGACCCCACCCUCCCCGAGCUCAGAGGCCCCACCUGCCCCAUCGCUAGCCCCCAGCUCCCCUUCCUCUCCCUGUACGUCGAGCGUUGCUAUGGACAAGCAGCCUUCUGGCCAGCAGGCAGCCAAUGGGCUGUCGGGGACGGGCCUCGCGGCAGGGUCGGGGCUCGGGACAGGCUCAGGCGUCACAAUGCGGUCGUCACUGGACGAACUGCCGCCAUACGCACACAUGAACGGAGGGCGCAAAAACGAGCGUACCAUGCCUCUCCCACAGUCCUCUGCCUGUUGAUCUGCUGAUUGGACAGACACACCCACCAGACUGCAAACUUUCCACCUGCCAGACGUCUCAGUAGGGGGGCUUUUUCUUUCUUUUUAAAAAAAUAAAAAUACAGCAAAACCGUGUCCACCAGUUGGGUGUGGCUACUCCGUGAGAAGCAAAGACUCACAGGAAGGUGGAGGAAACUGUCUAUUAGUCCGUGUUCUGCUGUAUCUCCACACACCUUUCAUAUUAUUCUAGUUUUGGUUUCUACCAGCUGGCUGUCACAUGUGACACUGCCCGUGCUGCUGAGUGGGAGGACCCAAAAGAUAAAAGAAACAGUAGAAGACAGAAAAGACUAAAAAUCAUUUGGGGGAGCUCACAUUCUCUGUCUCUCUCUCUCUUUAAGGCUGAACUUAUUUUAUAAAUUGUUGUUUGUUACUUUUUUUAUAUGUAUUUCCAAAUGGGAAAAAAACUAAAUGUGUAGGCCUUUAUAAAUGACAGCGUUUUGUUCGCUUUUGAACGGGCAUUAUGGUGAAAAUGUUUUGCAUAUCUAAUGAAGAAAAAACAAUUCAGAGAGGUCAAUGUCUCUCUCGGUUGUUCAGUAGUCUGGUUGCACUGCAGGCUGGGUGUCAGCGUAAUGCCGGGUCAACAGCCAAUCUGCUAAAACAAACUAGAGGGAGAAAGGUCAAUUCUGCCAAAUUUAUUGCCAAAAUUGUACUGUUUGACAGAUUCUCUCUUGCCCUGUAAUUCUCCAACGCACCAUAUUGACAAUGGAAGCAAAAAAAAGCACUUUGAUCUGCUACCGCACCGUUCUCAAAGUCUGUGAUCAAAGGGAUAUUAACUUCCCCCUACAGUCCUACACCACUACGCUGUUGCCGUUUGAUAUCUGCAGCCACAGUGCUCUAUCAAAUUAACUUUGGUCCUAUCGGUUUGUCUGAAAUUGAGCCACAUCUUCUCACAAAGUGCUGUUCCGUUACGGUUAAACCGCCAAAUACAGUCAAUAAAGAAGCAAAAAAAAAAAAAAACACCUCAAAGCAAGGACUGUGGAGGAAAGAGGGUUCAGAGGUAAAGAAAUAUGAACACAAGAUCUAAAAUGUCUCUUAUUCGGGGUUGUCCGAGUUCAGAGGCGUUCUUGUUGUUGUAUACAAACAGGUAUUUUUUUUAGACUAGUCAAAAGUCUCCAACAUUUACAACAUCUCUACGUGGGCAGAGCAUUUAUGUACACACCAGUUGUUUGUGUCACUUUUCUAACUUUUAUACAGUUGGAGACAUUCAUCAUGUACAGAAAGAAGCUGCUAUUCCUCAUUUCUCUUGUGGUUGUAAUAUAGUCAAUAUCUAUAUAUUAAAAAGAGAAAAAAACUCCUUCAGGUUGGAUCUACGAACGUUUCCACUACAGUCCAUUUUUUUUAAUGCUUGUAAUUGUGUAAAGUGUAUCUGAGCUGGUUUCGUUUCUGUGUUUGCGUAAAAGGUACGACAAUUUGCCUUGUGUUUUGAAACACCGGUAACUUCCCCUCCCAUCUGACUCGAGGACAGUGAUGUGCCAAUGUGUUCUCUGGGGACACUUUGACAUUUGUCCUCUAGGGUUUGGUCUAAACCGCCUCUACUCUUCACCACGCUCAGAGGCCAGGCGUCCCAACUAAAUCUCAGGUUAAAGAGAAAAGUUAAAUCCUUUUCUACUUUCCUUUUUUUUGUUCUUUUUUUUGUGCUGUCAUAUCCAGAGACAUCCGCCUGGUGUGUGUGUUUAACCUCUGUCUAAUUCUGCAUCCCUCUGGCUCUGUUAUUGCAUUUUUAAAAGAAAUCAUUUUUCAGGAGUGUUUAUUACAACAGUACAAAACAAGAGUGGUUCUUGGUAAGCUUUUGAUUGGUCCUUGCACUCACUGUAUGGAGCCCCAACGCUGACAAAACGUAGCAAUCAGACACGUAAAUACUGAAGCCAUGUUGUCAUUUUCUGUGCGUUUUGAAGUGCGACUGUUGAAACAUUUCUUUAAGAAAUUUGCUAUUUGGUUGUGGAGGUUUUGACUUUGAAAAAGAAAUAAUACCAAAACAGAAGAGCUGCUUCUUCUACCUUCUGAUGACCAACAGAGCCUAGUUUAUUUGUUCCAAAGCAGUAAAUGAAAGCAUUGCGACAUUCGUCAUUCCUUCAAAUUGGAUUGACAUUUAUACGGAAACACAGCUAUUGAUAGUUAAUAUUGUUCGGAAAAAUUUGAAGUGGAGAGUAAGAAGAUGUGUAAAAGCUUUAUGCAUUUCUUAUAGAGUUCCAUGAGUUUGUAUAAAAAAAAAUCUAAAAACAAAAAGCUUUAUAUAUUUUUCCUACAAAAUGAAAACUUAAUUUAUUUUUGUCUUUUUUUCCCUUUUCCCUAGCUCAUCUCAUUUUGCAACUCCUCAGUUUUCCUUUUUUAGGUGUUGUACUUUCACAUUUAUUUAUAUAUCUGCUCUUUAUUUUUGUUAAAAAAUAUUUGUUUGGAGCGUUUUACGUCACCACUUAGCUAGCUAAGCUGACUUUUGUCUUAAAACGACACCAGCACAUGAUAUUAAUCAUUGAUACUCUGUACUGCAUGCUGCUGUCACAACAGUGACAAGUACUAGCUAGAGAUGAUACUUGUAACAGUAGCUACAAUGUUUUAGUUGUAAGAGGUUUGCUUAGUUAAUGCAGUAAAGUUACCCAACUAAAGAUACUUAGAGUCUUAUUUUGUUUUUGUUUUUUUUAUGAUGUUUUAAAAAUUUGUUGUCAUUCUAUCCCUUGAUGAAGAUCAGUCAUGUGAGGCAAAUAUAACUAAGACAUGGCGUUUGAGAACUUCUAAGUCACCGUUAGCUACUGAUACAAAUGUUUAUACACUGGCACAUAUAAAUAAUCAUCCAUAAACUGUGUAUAUGAUUAGCGUAAUGUGCAUUAGCUGGUGUUGUUUCAAAAUAAAAUUCAGCUGUGGAUAGAUGGCUAGCAGAAAAGGCCCAUUCUGUUUUAAGCCGUCAUAUUUUCGGGGAAUUGUGCUUGCAUAUAAGAAAGAGAGCAGAUAAUUGAUAAAAUGUGGCCUAAACCAAACAAAAUGAGGAAAACUAAGAAGUAAACAAAUAAAGUUAGCUAAUGCAAGAUAAAAAAUAUGUGGAAAACUUUCUUUUUACACUCCCUUUUAAUUAUUUAGCUGGCAGCACUAUAUGAGGUCAGUUUUAUUUUUGUCUUUUCUGACGGUCUUUCACUACAUUUUGUCAGUUUGGGGCUCCAUGUGCUGUGUAAUAACACUUGGUAGAAAGUAAACGCAAAUUAGAAUUAUUUAAUGUAGCAGAGAGCCUUAACAUCUUAUUUUUCUAACGGCAAAUACAAAAACCUGUCUGUAGGAUAAUUUCACUUUCUUCUGAUCAACUUCUCUCAUGAAUCAAGGAUGGUUUUCUGUAUGCGGCUGGAGUUACCCCUGUUAUUUAUCCUUUUUCAACAUAUUAGCAUGUGUUUGGAGAAGAUUGCUUAAGUUAAAUUGGGCUGAGAAUAAGUGAAAUUAUCUUAUAGCAUUGAGAGUUUUUCUUUAAAGUGCUUUAGGAACAAUAAGAUGUCACGACUGACACUAAAAGGAUUUGUACGAGGAGCAAAUUUUGAGGGCCUUUCUUUUCAAGAAUACGUCAUGUACAGGUUUGAUUGGAGAACUAACUGUAACUGAAGAUCCCCUUGUCCUUUAUCAAGGUUUACUGAAGAAACACUUGGAAUGCAUUGCUAAAGGUUCAUUUACUUUUUGUAACAUUUGGAUUCCCUACCCAGGUGUUUCUCGGCUAUUUAUGUUUUCGUAUUUCUUUGUGAAGUGUAAAUCACUGUACAAAUCCCCCUCAAGUUUAUUUCCUUCUAAUAUUUUCGUGUUCUUUUGCUCUUUUGGGGGAAGGUUUUGUUAUUAUUCCUUCAACCAUCCAUCUACCUCACUUUUCUUUUUCGAUUUAUUUACAUGUACAGAAAAACGAAAACAUCUCAUCUCGUGUCCGGCUGUAACGAUGAUCUCACUGAGUGCUGUUAAUAUGGUCAAAUUCAAACCACAAACCAAACCAUCCUGGAGAGGAGGAGGGCGGCACAGGAACACGAUAAUCACAGGGGGGAAAUGAUUGAAGAUUGCAAUCAGCCAUCUCCUCCUAGAUUAGAUUAGAUGAUUUCGCUGGUGAAGUUUGGGCCAUACGAGUCUGAUAAUUUGGCUUUUUUUUUCUCCUUUUUUCUUGGAGUGUGGCAGACUGGAGGGUUGGCUCAUUUCUGUGGUGAGGAGGAGGAGCGAUGAUGAUGAUGCAUCCCUCUCUCUCCCUCACCUCCUCCCUCUGUUCCUGUGUACUGCAUAUUCUAGGAUUGUUAUACCUGGCCUGUAGGGAAAUAAAAGCACCCCUUUUUCAUCUCUUUUCCCUCCACACAGACUCUGUCUAAGCAGAUGGAAGAAGUAGUUGUGACUCUGCUCCUACCCAGAAAGCUGUAAAAUGACAUUUUCACUUACUUGUUCUGUACAGUGCACACAAAAUGUAAACACUUUAUUUUUUAUGGAAUUUAAGAUACUACGAUGUAACAUAAUAUAGAAAUCUAUAGAUAAAUCAUAAAACUUAUAAAUGUCGUUCCAUGCUGUACAAAUUAAGUAUAGACAUAUGUCAUUUCUGGCUGCCUUCUUUGUUUGGAUUAGAAAGAAGUCCCCAAGUGGGUUUUUCAAAGAAAAAUAAAUUGGAAGCUGAGCUCUGCCACUAGCAUUUAAUGGCAGUACAUGCGAGACACAAACUGGAUCUACCUGAAGGCCAGAUCUGCACCUUAGAUGUUACCAGCCAGGGAAAGAAAAUGUGGUGUAUAAAUCCAUACAUGACCUGUCACAUUGUGGUUCUGAUAAUUGGCAAGGCUGCGCUGUCUCCAAGCAGAAACCCAUCUGAAAACUUUUUUCUCUGCUACACACACAAAGGCUGUUACUGUAUCUUGCUUUAACAUUUUGACACAUAAGUAAUGGAUUUAGAGGUAUAUAUGUAUAUACAGGACUGCAAGCUGACAAGCAGCUUUUUCCCCAUUUUCACACUAAUAAACUGUGUGAAUCUGUGGCCCAUCACUGCCUUUCUUUACAUUUCGGAAUCAUAGGACUUCUGUCAGUCACAUGAGGCUGCUAAAAACGCUUUUUCAGGUGAUCGCUGCUUCUAGUUGGGGACAGUUUACUGUGGUUAAUUUUCAACUCAGCACACCAUUAUUGCAUUUUGUGUCAGUAUGCGCUGCUUCGGCUGUUUGGUGCAAAGACAUGUUGAAAAAGGAAGCCAAGCGGAGAACCAGGUGGUUUCAUUUAACCAUUUGUUCAAAGUGGCCUCAGAGCUGGUUAACGAUCUGUGCUCCCCUAUUACUUCCUCUUCAAGUGUUGGUUGACAGAAUGCUCUAAAGGUUUUUUUGUUUUUUUUACUGCCGUAACAGGACUUUGGCGUCACUCCUUGUGCCUAGACCUGUUGCCAUGGUGAUCAUAAUCCCAGUAAAAAGCUUUCUAACCGUUUUUUGUGAGUCUUGUUUCUGUCUAACAUGGCAGGAAUUUCUGCAGUUUCAGGCUGGGUUCUGGUCUAGAGUCCUUUCACCCACACUGAUCAGAUUCAGGGGGUCAGGAUGGGUAUUUGGAUGUUUGUGGUCUGAUUUUUUCCUCACUUUUACCACUGGAACACCUCACAGAGCCGACAUAAAAUCAAACAAAUUUCUGUUUUUCUUGUUUUUUUUUCUUCCUUUUUUUGUUACAUUGACGGUCAAUUUGUUUCCUAUAUUUUGAUGUGUGUAAAUUAUUCAUAGCCUUCUGACUCUUGCGUUUCUAUUGAAAUUAUCUGUUAAACUGAGGUUUCAUUUUGGUUUUUCUUUUGUACUUGCUGUUGUAAGAAUUUUUCCCGUUAUCAAUAUAUUCAGAGUACUGGGGAAAAUGAUUGGCUGAAGGAAAAGAGAAUGUCUGUUUCUCUGAUUCUUUUUUUUUCUACACGAGAUUUAAGAUGAAUAAAAAUGUAUGCAAACUGUU